AUGUUCGCUGCCGCUUCUAUUCUGGCUCUUUUGGCGUUUGUCGCCCCCGCUCAGGCAUCUAUCUUUACUCAGUCCGACUCUGAGAUGACCUUCUACUACGACGUCUCCGAGAGCUCCGGCUCCGAGGCAUGUGGCUCUUCCUCUAGCGACCCUGUCGUUGCCAACUGGGCUGUCACCUCCGGUAUCAACACUGGUGUUCCCUACUGUGAACAGUCUCGAGGUUACACUCUUGACCAAAUUGGUACCAACAACAUUGUCGCGAUCAACGCCGCGACUCUCUCUGGCGACCCCGCCAAGUACUGUGGCCGUGAAGUUCAAAUCUACAAUGCCGACGGCAGCAAGUUUGAGAACAGCGGGGGAGCGCUUUACAUCUGGGAUGGGUGCGCUGCUUGCGAGACUGCCGACUCUGCUAUUCUUGACCUUUCCGCUCCCACUUUUGUCGAGUUGAAAGGCGGAACAUGCUCCGGUUCCAACCCCACCGGCCUCUCUUACGAGAUCCUCGACAACUACGUCGUCGACCCUUCUGUCGGCCUUGGCUCCAGCUACAGUGCUGAAGGCAGCGUCGAUUCUUCUUCCAGCACCGACGCCGCUUCGGCCUCAUCUUCAUCUGCCGACCCCAUCGUCUCCGUCUCUGCUUCUAUCGGUGUCUCCGCUUCCGUGGGCGAUGGCACUCCCUCCUCUUCCUCGGCUGCUGCGCCUUCCGUUACUUCCGUCCGAACCACCCGUUACUCUUCCACCCUCUUUGCCGUCUCUUCCUCUUCUGCCGACGCUGCCGAGGAAUCGCCUUCGUCUGCUGAAGCUUUGCUUGCCAACGCCAUCACCUCCGCAUCCACCGCCUCUGUCUCUUCUUCUGCCUCAUCCUCUGCCGCGCAGAGCGUGGCCUCCGCGUCAACUAGCUUGACCUCCGGGACAGAUGGAGGUUGCACAUACGGUGCUUGGCAAUGUGAUGGUCUUACUUUGCAAGUCUGCAACUACCAGACUACUACUUCUCUUGGUUGGGAGACAAUUGAGACUUGUGGAUCUGUUUGUGAGAUUACGGACAGCGGGUCGGUGGACUGUGAAUAA